AUGAGUUCUUUAUCCGGAAUUGCCUUGGGCGAUUUGUCCAUUGAGGGAGACGAGCCAAGAGACUCGCAACUUCAUGAUUUCGAUAGUCUGAAUGAUAGACCCGAGUUUUCUUUGCCUCAAGCCGAUGGUGGAAAAGAUGCGUGGUUGUUCCUGGCCGCAUGUUUCAUUGUCGAGGCUUUGGUAUGGGGGUUUCCCUUCUCCUUUGGAGUAUUUCAAGAGUACUACAGCACUCACGAACCAUUCUCAUCGAACCCUUCAGGCAUUGCAGUAAUUGGUACAACGGCAACGGGGAUCAUGUACAUGAUUGGCGUGCCCUUGUCCGCAGCGUACAACAGAUGGCCUAGGUUUGCCAACCGGUCCAAAUGGGCUGGCGUUCCAAUUAUGGCAAUAUCAUUAAUUGCUGCGUCGUUUGCAAACGAAAUCAGGUACCUUAUCCUGACCCAAGGCGUAAUGUAUGCCGUGGGUGGCGCUGCGGUGUAUUGUCCAGCCCUGAUAUUCCUUGAUGAGUGGUUCAUCAGGAGAAAAGGCUUCGCUUAUGGUGUGAUGUGGGCAGGCACUGGGGUCGCCGGGUUGGUAAUUCCGUUUCUCAUGAACUUCCUCCUGGAGCAAUACGGGUUCCGAACAACCCUUCGAAUCUGGGCUGUAACUCUGGUUCUACUGUCCUCGCCACUUGUCUACUUCCUUCGACCCCGUCUACCCACUCCAUCAGUAUCGCGAUCACCUCGCCACGGCUUAGGCUUCCUUCGGACUUCAACUUUCUGGCUUCUCCUAAUGGGCCUAGCCAUUGAGAGUCUCGGAUAUUUUAUCCCCAGCAUAUAUCUUCCCACGUUUGCUCGUUCUCUUGGUCUGAGUCCGUCAAUCGGGUCUAUGCUUGUAGCUCUCGUCAACGCUGCCGGAGUCAUCAGCACGGUCGUGAUGGGCUUGCUUAUUGACCACUUCCAUGUCACGACUGUAAUCCUUCUUAGUAGCGUUGGAGCUGCCACUUCAGUGUUUUUAUUUUGGGGGCUUUCUGAUGCUCUACCUGUUCUUUGCAUGUUCAGUAUUCUAUAUGGCUUCUUCGCUGGAGGCUUUGUAAGCACAAACGCCGGCGUCAUUAAAGUCGUAAAGCAGCGGGAUGAACGGACAGACGUGGGAACGCUGAUAGGCUGCAUAUCCGCAGGACGGGGUGUCGGUGCUGUUCUUUCAGGCCCGCUGAGCGAAUCUCUGCUGAGAGGAAAUCCAUGGAGUGGGGAAGCCGGACUUGGGUAUGGUUCUGGUUUCGGGAGCCUGAUCGUUUUCACUGGAGUCACAGCGGCAAUGGGUGCUGUGGGCUUUCUGGGAAGAAGGUUGGGUUGGGUGUAG